GAAUAUCCAACUUGUCUAUUUUUUGAAUGGAAAACUAGGGUAAAGAAUGCAAUAUUUUUUUUCCCCUAUCGGAGAUAACAAAGAGCGUAACAGACACGUAAUCAAUGCAUUUGCAUCGGUUAUGCAUUUAUCUAUCUACGUAGUCCGUCUAUACUUAUAUAUACGUAUGUAUGUAUAUGUGUAUAUGUGUGUACGUAUCUACACAUAUCGCAUGUAAAUUAUUUCAAGGGUAGUAGAGCGCGAUAGAAUUUUGCAACAAGGCGAUAAUUCGCAAUUAAAGUAGGUACUCGACAUUGCUGGUCGAUGAAUUGACUCGUGAAAGCGCAACCACGCGAGAGUCGCUUCGAGGUCCACUGAUGGAAAAAAAAAAGUUGCAUUUGUCGCUAGGAAAUUGGCUUCACUACGCGUAUCGAAUGAUUAAUUAAUUAACGAGUACUCUUCGUGUCGGUUAAUAGAAAUCUCAUUCGAUCAUUUCUAUGUACGCGAUAAUAUCCAGGAAAUUUGAUUGAUUCGUCCAGAAGAAUCCUGUUUAAUUUCAUCCCCAUCGGAUAGUCAUUUUUAUGACUGGUGAAUUCCUUUGAAAUCCAUUUCAAAUAGUGAAACGUCGAACUAAUUUCAAUUAUCGUCGUGAUAUCUGAAAAAAAGACAGUGUUACUGCGAUGUCAAAGUGACUGUGAUAAACUUUCGAGAUAUUUCGAUAUUUUUACUCCGACUGAAUUGAUCGAUUGACUUACUAACUGACUGACUAACUAACUGAUUGACUGACACUUGAACUUUAGAGUUUCUUUUUUUAAUGAGUGAGCAAUGUCGGAUAAAAGCAACGUCGUAAAAACAACGGAUAAUCCAAGACUCUGAAGUUCAUUGAAAGGGAAGGAAGAAAGACGGAAAUUUCUCCUGAGAAAAGGUCGAAAUUGAAAAGCAUCGGGGUCCCCAUCAGCGUAUAUCAAAUUUUUCCCAGUAGAUUCAUCUCAAUAAAGAUCAUCGAUCAAAAUUGACGUUAAUAAAAUCCAUUCGAAACGCAUCGGGUGGCAGGAACGAAAAAUGAAGAAAAUAUCUUGGCUCGUUUCGUACGAUCGAUCAUCCACGUUCCUUAGGUCGAAUCUUGAAACGACAAUCUCAUCCAGUCGAUUGAGUCUCGUCGAGCAACGUAAUAAGAAUCUCGGUGUUAGCGAUAAGAGAAAGGAUAGGAAGCGGCUUGCUAAAGAAAUAUUUUUAAGGGAGUCUCAGCUAAAACGUAGAAUAUAAAGUGGAUUUGUUGAUGAGAACGGCAGAAUGCGAUAAAGAUAAAUAGAGGAAAAGUCAGGGAGAGAGAGAGAGAGAGAGAAAGAGAGUUAUGUACGUAUAACAAAAAAAAAAAAAAAGAAAAAAAAAAGAAAAAAAAAAAGAAACAGAAAAAAGAAAGAAAACGGAAAACGGACGUCCAAAUGGACGUCGAAAAAAUAAAUGAUUUACCGUAUAUCACGGCUAAAGGAAAUAUCGAAGUUAGGUUAAAAAAAUUUUAACACCGAUAAUAUCGUAAAACUUUUCCAAAUCAUGUUAUUUAUGAUAUAUUCAAAGAAAAAAAAAGAAAACUACUGGGAAAGAUACGUACGACGAUGGUAUGAACGUUUCGUUAAUAGAAAGAAUUAUUAGUCGAUAUGAAACGAGAAUUAUUCUUUUUUUUUUUUUAAAUCCUAUUUAAAACAUUUAAUCCCAAGUCAAUAAUUCGUGGAAAAGAUUAUAUACAUGAACGCCACGUGGAAAAUAGCGUGAAAAACAGAAUAAAAGAUGAUAGAAAUUCUCGAUUCCUUGACGAGAAUAAGAUUCCAUAGAAAGAUUUAGACGGAAUAAAAGAUAGAUAUAUAAACGGAGAAAGAGAAAGAGAAAGAAGAAAGGAAGUAAACUUGAAAGAAAAAGGAGAUUUAUGAUAACUAAGAUUUUAAAAAGAUUUACAUACCGUCGUCAUUUCAUUUUUUUUUUUUUUUUUUUUUUUUUUUUUUUUUUUUUCUUUCUCUUUACUUAACUAACAUUCACGUAAGAUAUUCCAUUCGUAAAAUAAUGAAGUCGACAUAAUACGACAAAUGAUUCUAUCUAUGGGAAUAAAUCUCGAGGAAUUAUAUAUUAUCAUCGUCAAAUGUCUUUUUAUGAGAAUAAUAAAAAUAAGUAGGUGAUCCUUUGAUAAAGGAAGGAGAAAAAGGCUGGUGGGAGAAUGGAGAAAGACAACGUUAGACAUUAUAGGGCUUACGAGGGUUUUAAGCCGGCCAAUAAUGGCAACACCUCGUCCCUUAAAAGAACAACGUCGGAUCAUCCAAAAACUUUGCAUCCAUCGAGGCAAGUUAGAUGUUUAUGCUUCGGUGGUAUACCAGACAAGGCCAGCCAACAAUCCUUCCUAAAGGGUUUCGCCAUAAAUCUUGGUAUAUGCGCAUUAAUGGUCGCUUAUACGUUACUCGGAAGUUUCAUAUUCCUUGCGAUUGAGGGUGGUACCGAUUCUACGGACAAUGUUGGAAUACACCGAGCCUUGGCAACCAUUGCUGUUAGCAGUCAAUCUAACAAAAGGAUUAAUAAUACAGCAUGGCUUAUACAGGCAAAUAACGAAGCACGCGCUAAAACCGUCGAAAAUAUAUGGAUACUAACGGAAAGCUUGAAUAUUCUCUACCGUGAAAAUUGGACGAGAUUGGCAGCCCAAGAGAUCGCAAGGUUUCAGGAUCAACUGGUGAAAAGGAUCACGGACGACAUGAUAGCGACUCAGAAUACUGGCACAUACACUGUUAGUAAUGGUGUAAAUGGCGAUACUGGUACGCACACCGGUAGUAACAGUGUAAGCGGCGAUAGUGUCACGGAACGACGAAUACCCGAAUACGAGUGGAACUUCGCCAAGGCGUUUCUAUACUCUUUAACAGUACUGACUACUCUAGGCUGUGGCAGUAUAGCACCUAAGUCAACGUGGGGUAAACUUGCCACCAUGGGUUACGCCAGUCUAGGUAUACCCUUGACGAUAGUCUACUUGUCAAAUGCCGGAGGUCUGUUGUCCAGGUGCGCCAGGGGUGUUUUUACCCGGGCUCUUUGUUGCUGCCUUUGUUCGAACUGCGGCUAUUGUUGUUACGACGAGAGACGAAUGCAGGAGAAAGAGAGACGUAUGCGAAGAAAGAGGCAACAGGAAGAAUUGGCGCAGCAACAGCAACAGCAACAACUGCAAUUACAGGAACCAUUUUACGUGCGUGCUAAUUCGUCGACGUUUACGAGUACAGUUGAAAUCAAAGCUAGCCCGAAGGACGAGGUAUCCAGUCUUGGAUCUGGUGACAGACCGAAUGUGACCAUAUUGGCACCCAUUAGCAUUUGUCUUGGUGCUAUGCUCUGCUAUAUCGUUGCGGGAGCAUUUACUCUUCACAAAUUGGAUGGUUGGACCUUCGUAGACGCAAGUUAUUUCUGCUUCAUGAGCUUAAGCACCAUUGGAUUCGGAGACAUGGUGCCGGGUUCCUAUCCUCAUAAUAAUCCAUCCUCAUCGCGAAACGCAACGAUUUGGUUUUGCUCUUGUUAUAUAAUGUCGGGCAUGGCAUUGACGGCAAUGUGCUUCAAUAUUUUACAUGACGAGAUCGUUCAUCGAUUUUGUCAUCAAAAUGAAAAACAAGAACCAGUUAAGGCAAGCUCGAGCGUUGACGAGCUAUCAACCGAUCCCUUUGCUCUGACUUCGUGACAAUUUCCGUCCGGUAAUCUGUGCCAUAGAAAUGGUACAGAGGAGACGAAUGUAUGCGCCACGGAAACACCAACUAACAUAUUCGCCCAUGAGAACGAGAUCAAUAUUCUGAAGGAUUCCUUUAAUCAGGUUGAUGUCACUAGAGACUGCAAACCGAUCCUGAAGUUGGAGGAUCACGUGCCACCGAUCGCAGCAGUUUACAUGCUACCGAAGGUAGACGAGGAGACAGAGGAGAACACUGAAAUGUAAAAAUGUCUCCUAGAUGUCCCUUCGAAUGUGUCCCCAAAGCGAAAUUCCACGAUGGAACUUUCGAGUUUCCGAACUUUUGGGAUGGAUAGUUAACUAUCUCUCUCUGUCUCUCUCUCUCUCUUUCUCUCUCUUUCUCUCUCUCUCUUUCUCUGUCUCUAUAUCUCUAUCUCUAUCUCGUUUUCUCUAAUUCACUCCCUAUCUGUCUCAUUUCUCGACAAGGAAACAACAUCAUAAAUGUGUGUGUGUGUGUGUGUGCGUGUGUCUGUCUGUCUGUGUAUGUCUCUCUGUGUAUGAAAGAGAAAGAGUAGAGAAACAGAGAGAGAGAGAGAGAGAAAGAGAGAGAGAGAGAAAGAGAUGGAUAGAGAAGAGAUAGAGGUAGAUUUGCUUUGUUACAUCGAUUGUAGUUUCCCUUGGAAGAUAUAUCUAGGAUUUUUCAAGGAACCCAAUAAUACUACGAAGCUCGAGAUUCUUUUGAUUCGAUCAUUCGUUGUAAAUGGAUUCUAUAAAACUGCUGACUAUGUACGUUUUAAUAGAAACACGUCCCUGAUUCGAAGUUAAGAAUGGUGAUGGGUGUUGACAAAUUUCUCUCUUCAUUGAGAAUAAAGAUACAUUGUAUUAUAUGUAUGUCCUCUGUAUAGACGAGCGAAGUGAUAUAAUAUAUAUAUAUGUGUGUGUGUGUGUGUGUGUGUGUGUGUGUGUGUGUGUGUAUUAAAUGAUCAAACAUGGAUUUGACUUACUUUCUCGUGCGAAUAACGAACCAUCCGCCAAUUAUUAUGGCUCUCGAUUUCGAAUGAUUCACAUGAAUACGAUAUUAUGUUCACGAUACAAUUCGAACGACGAGUCUUAAUUAAUUUUAUUAAUAUGACUUUAUAUCGGAUCUAUAUAUCAGAGAUGGAAAACGUAAUUUCUCAAAAUCUAUUUGGCUAUCGUGUUAAUUAACUCUAUACUUUUGGUUUAUUUAUAUUAUAUUAUAAUAUAUUUAUUCUCUUCGUUUCGGUAUAUAAAAAAUACAUUUGAAAUAUCAUUGAAAUAGUAUCUAAUAAUCUAUUAGUUAUUUAUUAUUUAUAGAAUUAAUAUG